GUCACGUGAUUUCGAGGAAACGGGCAGCUGGGCUGAGAGCAGCGCUGCUCCGCUGCGCCGUCACUCAGUCUGCAAGGCGCCGCCGAGGAAACACAACCGAGUCGCUUUAAAAGGGAAUCAUGGCAGCAGGAAGGAUGAGAUCCACCCGCAGACUUCGCUCCUGGAUAGUGGACCAGGUGAGCAGCGGGAAGUAUCCGGGCGUGAUGUGGGAUGACGAGGCCAAAACGAUGUUCAGGAUCCCAUGGAAACACGCAGGGAAACACGACUUCCGUGAGGAUGAGGACGCAGCGCUCUUCAAGGCCUGGGCCGAGUUCAAAGGGAAGCUGGCGAACGGAGAGAAGAAUCCUGCGGCGUGGAAGACGCGUCUUCGCUGCGCUCUCAACAAGAGCCCCGAGUUCAAGGAGGUGAUGGAGCGCGCCCAGCUGGACAUCUCAGAGCCGUACAAGGUGUACCGCCUCGUCCCCAUCAGCGAGCAGGGUGUGCUGCUACCUGAGCCGAAGGUCAAAGAGAGGAGCAGCAAGAAGCUGAAGAGAAAGAGCAGCAGCUCGGACUGCCAGGUCAUAAAGAUCAAAACUGAAGAGGUCACCUCUCAGCUGCAUGAAGAGGACCAGCAGCAGGACAGCCAGCCGGUCCAGUCAGACGAACCCGUCCAGUGCACCACUCUGGAUGAGAUCAGGCUGGACGUUCGGAUCGAGGAGAGCGUCCCCGCCAACACAGGAGACCAAGACUCCUUCAGCGUGACGGUUCAUUAUCUUGGCCAGGAGGUUCUCAAACGUCAGAUCAGCGGCCCCGAUGUCCGCAUCGUGUACCUGCCCUCCUCGUCCGUCCCCCCGACUCCUGCCGCCCUGAGCCGCUUCCCUCGCAUCCUGCUACCGGAGCCGCCAUCCGCGUUGCCGGCGAGCGAGGAGCUGCAGGCACUGUUCACCCUGCUGCCCUUUAUGGCGAAGGGCAUCGCGCUGACGUCCACGGCACAGGGGGUGUACGGCAGGAGGUUCUGCCAGGGCCGGAUCUUCUGGACGGGACCACACACGACCACGCCGGGCCUCCACCGGAUGGAGAGGAACAUGGAGUCGGUGCUGCUGUUCAGCAAAGACAUUUUCAAGCAACAACUGGACCUUUUCCGAACCAACGGCGGCGAGCCUCCUCAGUGCAGCUUUACUCUGUGUUUUGGAGAAGAGUUCAGCAACACCGAAGAUCCGUCUCGAAAACUGAUCAUCGCUCAGGUUUCCCUCCCGUGGGCGGAGCAGCAGGUGGAGAACGCUCUCUCCGUCUUCAACACCCUGUCGGUCUUCCGGACCUUGGCCAGCCAGUCUCCGCUGGGAGAAAUCACGCUGAACCUCGUCACGGUGCCGUCGCCGUCCUCCGAGCUGGACGCCUGUCAGACCAACUGAGCAAACUCUGAAACAUUCCCAGCUUUCAAAAUAAGAGCCUCCACUUUCUCUGCACACCAAAUAUAAGACUUUGGAGCACUUAAAAAAAAAAUCUGUUGAACCCUGGAGCUAAAACGGCGACGUUUGGGGUUAAAGAAAUGGAUUUUCUUCAUUUCCUGCGGGGAUCGGUGCGUUGGAAACACUACAGGAAAAACCAACAAAGAGAGGUUGUGUGUUUUAGAGAAAUCAGUUUUUAUUGUUCUGUUGGUGCUUAGAACCCAGACACUCUUUUAAAGGGGCCAUAAAGUUAAAAGCAGACAUGUUUGUCGUACUGUACUCCAAUCAUAGCAUAGAUUAAUAGUUUUAGCUACAUGUUUUCUUCCAGACUGAUUAUGAAACAGUCUUAAAGCUGAGUUUUAGUUUAAAACACUCGUUUUAUUAAAUAAUAAAAGA